GCCAGCAGCAGCGUGCAGAACAUUCUGCUGCGGCUGGGCGAGCAGCAGCGGCUGCAGCUGGCCCUGCCGCGGCGGGGCAACUACUUCGGCCACCCGCAGCGCUUCAGGGCGAACAUGGUGCACCGGUCGGCAGGCGCCGACAACGCCACCUACCGCCUGCUGCUGCACCACAUGAGGCUCGACCCGGCGCAGGUCACCAAGGUGGUCGGCCCGGACGCGGUCUGGGUGACCGUCAUGCGCAGACCCGUCGACCAGUUCAUCUCCAUGUUCGAGUACUACAACCUGCAGGACGUGUGGAACAUGUCGCUGGCCGAGUUCGCCGCGGCGCCCACAGACCUCCUGCCCGCCACCGCCUUCGCAUCUCACUUCUUCCCCAACCAGAUGUCCUUUGACCUCGGCUACGACGUGGCGGCGCUGCAGGCCGACGACCAGCUGCAGGAGGCGAUGCUGGAGGACGUGCAGCGCCGCUUCCACCUGGUCAUGAUCACCGACCUGCUGGACGAGUCGCUGGUGCUGAUGCGCUACCGCUUCUGCCUCGACUGGGACGACGUGGUGGCGUUCCGACACAAUGUGAGGCCGCCGUCCCUGCGUUCAGCCGCCGCGCACAACCUGACGCUGCGGCGACAACUGCGCCACCACCUGGCCGCCGACGGCGCCCUCUACUCCCACUUCCACCGCCUGCUCCGCGAGGCGCUGCGCCGACGCGGUGUCACCACCGGCCGGCGCGGUGCCAUCACCAGCCAACAGAUCACCUGCCGGCUGGCCGUUGAGCGCGAGCUGCGCGCACAGUCCGUCGUCGUCGGUCUCGAGCCGGGCCGUUAA